AGCUCUGUGCCGGGCCAGGAUCUCCCCAAAGGCAGCCACACCGCUCUCCGGCCGUCCUCCUGCCACCUCCAGCCCUGCCGCACAGACAGACCACAUGAAUGGUGUCUGCUUUGCUUUAAAGGGAAAACUCAGGGGGUUGUAAAUUCAUUUAGAGCAGACCAGAUUAUACCUCUUACAGCUCUGGUGUGGCAACCAGGAGGGAUCUCUGGCUGAGAUCUACCAGCUGAACUUCUAUGUGAAUGGCUCCCAAAUGAUAGUCACAGUCUUCUGCCUCCUCUGUAUUUUAUAAUCAUUGAUACUGAUCCUGAGAUGACUGAGCAGCAGCACAGGUGGCUUGCUCUGACAAGAUCGAGUUCUGUGGGUGACUUUUCCUGGUCUCAAAGAAAGCUUGUUACUGUGGAAAAACAAGAUAAUGGAACAUUUGGAUUUGAAAUUCAGACUUACAGGCUCUCAAACCAGAACACCUGCUCCACAGAUAUAUGCACCUUGAUCUGCAAAAUCCAGGAGGACAGCCCCGCACACUGCGCUGGCCUGCAAGCUGGUGAUGUCCUUGCAAACAUCAAUGGUGUGAGCACAGAAGGCUUUACCCACAAACAAGUUGUUGACCUGAUCAGAUCGUCAGGAAACCUGUUAACGAUAGAGACUCUUAAUGGAACAAUGAUUCUCAAAAGAACAGAGCUUGAGGCAAAGCUGCAAGUUUUAAAGCAAACCUUGAAAAAGAAAUGGGUGGAGUUCAGAUCUCUGCAGUUACAGGAACAGCGCCUGCUUCAUGGCGAUGCAACUAACUGCCCAAGUUUGGAUAAUAUGGACAUAGAUGAAUCCACAUUGCUUGGACUCCUGCCUGGCCCAGCCCUCCUGGACCGGAAUCGAUUAUCCAGUGCAAGCAGUUGUAAGAGCUGGCUGAGCUCCAUGACGAUAGACAGUGAGGAUGGAUACCAGACCUGUGCGUCUGAAGACUCCAGUCGGGAAGCCUUCAGCCGCCAGACAAGCACAGAUGAUGAGUGCUUUGUCCCCAAGGAAGGAGAUGAUUUUCUGAAGAGGUCUUCUUCGAGGAGGAAUCGGAGCAUUAGUUCUGCCAGCAGUGGGUCCAUGUCUCCUUUGUGCGAAGGCAACUUCUCAGGCAUGUAUGGGACCCUGCCCAGGAAAAGCAGAAGGGGAAGUGUCCGGAAACAGCUCUUGAAAUUCAUCCCAGGCCUUCACCGCGCUGUGGAAGAGGAAGAGAGUCGCUUUUAAUGGAUUGUCAUGCCCUUUCAUAUUAGCUUAUUUUGUAAACAUCUUCAGAUUCCUUUAGAUCAACUCCACCCAACUUAGUGGGAAAGUGCAGAUGGAUUGCAAAACUGACAUCACAUUUCAUAGCGGUAGUGAACUUUAUUUAAACGUUUGUACCAUUAUGUAUGCUUCUGCAAUUGUUUUUUAACCAGAACGGUUCAAGUUCUAAGCAGGCAGUAGGAAAAUUAAAUAAUAAUAAAUUACAAAAUAUAACAAAUUAACUCAAGUGCCUGCUUAUUUUAAUGCUGCCUGUGAAAGCAAGGGUAAUAUUUAUUUUCUAGAUUAGUCAUGUGAGAAGUUGAGAAAUUUUAGAAUCAAGUGUAAAUAAGAAAGUGACAGAAUGUAAUUAUUUGGAAUAUCUUCUGUAGAUUAAUUGGUAAGGUACAAAACUUCAUAUUUGCUUAAGCUCAGUAGACUAUGGGGAGGCUUAUUAAUAGGUGAUUUUGAAUGUUCCUUGUCAAGUUUAUGAAAGAUUAGAAGUGAAGGUGAUCAUCAGCCCUUUUUUACAUCCACAGUGACAAUGAAGCAGGAAGUAGAUUUAAUAGGAUGAUUUAAGCUUUAUAAAAUCCAUUGAAAGAUGUUUUCUAAGAUGGGUGCUAAAGAAGACUAUAAUAAGGUCUUUUUUAUUGGUGGCCUAAACAAAAUGAAUGAGGAUGUCUUUCUUACCUGAUUCAACUUUUGCUCUUCCUAAACGUUGAUGACAAGUCUGGAACUCUCAAGAUCCUACAGCCUUGUGAUUUUUUUGAACAGAUAUCUAAAAUUUGAAAAAUUAGAGUUAGGAAAAAGAUCUUCCUCCUGUGGAAUUUUUUUUGCAUUACUCCUCACUUUAUAUUAUAUAUUCUUAAUAGUUAUUGCCUCAACACUCUCUUGUCUAUUAGUUAUGUUGGUAUCACUUUACUCCUCACCUUUCAAUCACAUUUUUAUUCAAUGCCCAUUAAAGUUCAUGAUUUCUCUGUUCUGGUGA